CAUUCUUAGUUCUGUACUGCAAGCACAGCGAUUAUUGGUUGCGAUUCGCGAUCGUUCUUGUAGCUCUCAACCACGCCUGCAGUUCUGAUUUAACAGUUGAAGAAUUUUGACUUCUUAGUUUUCACGCGGAGAGUGUUUCAAUCAAAUGCGGCUGAAGAUAAACAAGGCCUGCGAUCUCAGCUCUAUAUCUGUUCUUCCUCCUCAAUCCAGCAGGUCAAAUGCGUUAACCACUGGGCAGCAAGCACCACAGUUGCGAUCACAACCUUCGCAACAAUCCUUUUCUCAGGGACUCUCAUCUCUGCACGGCACGAAUUCUCAAUUCUCUCAGAACUCUUUUGAUGAAGUCGUGACAAAUGAACAGAGAUUUAGCUCUCAAGACCGAGAAAAUUCAAUUAAGAAGAAUUCUUUUUUUCCUCCUCUAAGUUAUUCAAGAGAAGAAUGCCAAUUGCCACUCUCUAAAUCUUCAACCAGUUUAACACAAAGAUGGAAAUCAACUCCACUGCCGGACUAUAAGUGUCAAGUUGGUGAAGAACUUGACCGCCGCCUUGGAACUAUAGAAAACUCAUUGAACAAAUUUGGAAAGAUCCUGGAUUCUCUUCACGGUGAUAUUCUGCAUCUAAACCAAGGAAUGAAGCAGAUUUCUCUGGAUGUCGAAGGCAUAUGGCAAAAGGUGAUUGUUAACAGUAGCUUGCUGCAAUCCAUGAACAAAGAGCACGAUGACAUGAAAGCUACCCUCGAUGGAGGCUUCAAACUGAUAUCCGAUCAACUUAAGAAGGAUGCAUACCAAGAUAGGCUACAUGAGAUUUCUGAUGUUCUUUCUGCAUUGGAAAAACAAGUACAAGCAUCUCAACUGAAAUUAAAAAAUGACUUCAUCAGCAUAUUCACCCAAGAAAUGAAGGCAAUGGUCUGUACCUUGAAAAAACUCUUGCAGAAGUUUCCUCAUCGCCCUAUUGAAUCUCCUGAGAGUACCGCUUCUUUGGAUGUCCCACAGCAAAAGCGUCGUCGAUGUAAAAUCCAAUCUGCGUCUCCUGAUGUUUGCAUUCGAGCAACUGCAGUACAAACCGAGGAAUUGGGAAGGUGGAAAUCAGUAAAAGUAGGAAAGACGUUUUGCACUAGUACUGUGGUGAAAAAGGAAGAUGCAAAGAAAGCAAUUCCAUUUUCUGAACAGCGCCUGGUGCUGGAAAGAGAAUAUAGAGUUAUUGUUGAUUCUGAUGAGGAGAUUGAAAGAAGUUUCUCCUGCUUAAUUGAAGAGAAGAAAACAGGAGAAGAUGUCCGUUUCUAUUCAAUAGAAGACGCCAAGAAAGAAACUGAUAGAAUUUUAAGGAAAGCAAGAAGGCAGAAAAGAAAAUACUGCAAUCCUAUAAUUAUUAAUUGAAGGUGCAAGAUGUCUCAGCUCGAUCAGGAUG